UUUUCCUCACUUUUUUAGUACAUGAAAAAUUCAUUCAAAAAUGAGUAGUAAUCAUCAUGGAAAUCACAUUUUCUAUGCCUUGACUCUCUCUUUUCUCUCAAUAUCAAUCAUUCUUCUCUUCAUUGCUCUUCUCUUCCUUUGUAGUAGAAAAAAACCAACCACCAAGCCUAAAGAACUUGAGACAACGACUACUAUUAAGCUUAGUGCUAAGAAUUAUCCUCUAAUGGAACUCGAUAGCGCCACGGACCGGUUCAAUCCUAGGAGAAUCAUUGGUAAAGGCCGGUUAGGAACCACCUAUGCCGCGGUUUUAGACAAGGGUGAGUUGGUGGUGGUAAAGCGGAUUUACCCGUGGUUAGUAUUAAGUAAAGCUAGUCUUGGGUUCCAAUCUGUGAUUAAGUCAUUAUCAUUAGCUCAACACCCUAACAUUGUGCCUAUUGUGGGCUUUUCCGAGGCUCCGGGUGAAAGGAUCAUUGUAAUGGAGUAUGUGGACACAAUGAGUUUGGAUUUCUACUUACACCAAAAUGUUGAUGGGCCGUCCCUCUUGGGUUGGGUCGAAAGGGUGAGGAUCGCGACCGGUAUGGCCCGUGGAGUCGAGUAUUUGCAUGAGAAGACGGCACCUCAAGUAGUUCAUGGUUGUAUAAAACCUUGUAAUGUUUUGGUAGAUGUGAAGUUUUGCCCUAAGUUGUGUGACUAUGGGUUGUCCUUCUUGGCCUCGAAAAACGAGAAGGUGGGGCUAUUAGGGUAUGUAGAUGAAGAGUAUUGGUUAGAAGGGAGAAAUGGUGGUGGUGGUGGUGGUGGUGGUGGUGCUAGCAAAGAAAGUGAUGUGUAUGGUUUUGGUGUGGUGUUGUUGGAGCUUUUGACCGGUAAGAGAAAUGAGGGAGGGUUGCUUGUUGAAUGGGUUUUGCCUUUAAUUAAAGAAAUGAGGUUUAAUGAGUUUUUAGACCCAAGAAUUGAGGCACCUUCUAAUAUGAAGCCCCUUGUUAGAUUGGGCAAAGUGGCAUUAGCUUGUGUUGGUAAUUCUAGAAAAACUAGGCCUAAAAUGUCUCAAAUUGUUAGCAUAGUGGAUUGUUUAGAUUUUAAUCUUGAAGAUUGAAGGCCCUAUGGAAGAAAUUGUAUUUUUGUGGCCCUAUGGCAAAUUGUUACCCUAGAAAUGCCUUUUGACCAGUUUCGUCUUGAAGCAUUGGUUGUCACUGUUUUUUUUUUGGUGAUCACUGUAAAAUACGGAGUAGUAGCAGCACUUCUUGGAAAUGAGUAACAAAACAAUUUGUCAAUGAUCAUAAGUUUUGCACCGCCCCAAUGAAUAAUAUGGGAUGGGAGUUCUAUUUUUGAUGGGGACACAUUAUGUAGAGGGUCCAAAGAGCAACACCGUCUUUGCUCAAGAAAGUAAUGAACCAAAACUCUAAAACUCUAAUAGGGGCGUAUGCCCACGAAGAAAAAAACAACACAAUAUUAUAUUUUCUCCGUAAUAUUAUUUUAUCAUGGUAUUAAGAGUAAGUUAAGAUCUUAGAUUAUCUACAAAAGUUUUUCCCUGCUGAUACGAUUGGAAAAAUAGA